GACCACGGUCUUAGAAGAUCUUCUAAGACCGUGCUACUGACACCAUAGCUGAUAUUAUAAGAAUCUUAUAAUCUCUUAUAAUAUCUAUGACUGACACUAUUUUUUUAUAAUAUUUUUUUACUCGUUGYGAGAUUUAAUAUUAUCACGUUAUCAAGCUCCAAUUUCUUAACAAAUAGGUAUAACCUUCAAAACUAAUAUCGUCAAAACAGUAUUUAAAAUGUUAAAAACUUAAAACUGAUUGUUUAACUUCAGGCUUCAGCAUUUAAAUUUCAUAUUUACUUUCCAAUUUCUGAGUUCAGAGUUUGUUCUUGUUCUUGAAUAAUAAAUUAAAGUGCAUAGCGACGUUAAGUCUAGUUUGCGUCAGAUUACGCAACAUUUUAUUAAGUUUUGAAUCCGUUCCGGUAUUUUUCGACAGUAAAAAAUGAUGCCUUUGAUUAGCGAUAAAUCCAUAACACCGUCGUCGGAGAAUAAGCCCGCCGAAGAACCAAAGAAAUUAAAAGCUUGUUGUGCUUGUCCGGACACUAAAAGAGUUCGAGAUGCUUGUAUUAUGGAAAACGGAGAAGAAAAAUGUAGGCAUCUAAUUGAAGCACAUAAGGAAUGCAUGAGAAAAAUGGGUUUUAAUAUUUAAAUAGUAAGCAUUCCUAAGUCUGAUGUAAAUGUUUUUUUUUUUUUUUGUACAAAUUUACAUU